UAUCGCCUUAAGGUGUUGCUGUCCUUUUCAUAACCACUUUGUUUAAAGUGAAAAUGAAGCACAUAAGAAAUUAUGUUAUAGAAUAUAGUGUGUGACCGCUUCGUGAAGUUCAAUAAAUGUAAUUUGUAUGAUAGAUAUUACAACGUCGCUGAAAAAGGCAUGGGUGUAUAAAAACUGAACCGGUUGACGCUUUACCAGUGCCUGUUGUGGUUAUUAGCGGUUUAUACAUGAAUGGUUUUAUUCAGUGCGGAUCGAACCACAAUAAUCGUACAUUAAUUAUAAUAGGGUGAGGUGGGGGCAGGCAGGACACCAUUAGCACAUAUUAUUUAAAUAUCCUGAUCGUAUUUUAAACAAUUAACAGCGGUCUAUGGGAGUCGUGAGGAUACGGUUUUAUAAUUCUUCGAAUAUUCUUUGUUUACUAUACGAAAUUGGAUGGCGAAUUAGAAUUUUCCCUACCCUACUAUAUAAAUAAAAAAUCAUUUUGGGAAUUUAGAUUCGUUGUGAGGGCCAGAGCGGUAGAAAUAUUCAGAAUGAAGUUUUUGUUGAUUUUAAUUGCUUUUGCCUCUGUCUCGGUUAUUGGAAACUGCAGGGAGUCGAAGUAUCGUUGCGAGGACGCUGAGGACGACCUGGAAUGUAAAAGACGAGGAAAUGAAGGUUUGUGCGGUUACACGGACGAAGACUUUACCUGCGGCUGUCUUUUUCACGACAAACCACUAAAGGCGUUCAGCGAUUGGAACAGUACGCGGGGGUCUCGUCUGUUUGAUCAAGUCUGCGAGCCUAUCAAGCUACCUUACCAUGAGGAUACUUGUCGAAUGUACCUUGGAAACCCAAGUCGAAAGGAGGUUUGGGAAAUGACUUGCCCUGGAAACGGCUUCUUUCAAACCUGGGGUGCCUUCAUGCCAGAAGAAGACAACUAUGAACCACGACUUUGGUACAGAUGCUGCCACGUUAAGUGCCCAAAAUGGAAUUGCGAGUGGUCACCAAACACCGAAAUACACAAGCCGUUCUUACUCCCGUUAAGCGAUGUAUAUGUACAAGGGGCUCGAGGAAAAUACAACCACAAGGCUAAAGACAGUUCCUGGUCGUUGCAGCUUUGUGUCUGCGACACUUCAUACGUAGGAACCCACGAAGAGCUGUAAGAUACAGAACUGUGGGGUAAGAUGGGAUACCGCUAGCCCCUAAUUCCCGUAUUUCCUAUUCGAUUUUGCGGGGCUACGGUUAAUAACUUUGUAAUAACUGUUCUUUGCUUACUACCAAAUGGGACGAUAAAUGAAAUAAAAACAUGUCCCAUCUUACCCCACCCUACUAUACAUUGGUUUUAAAGCCGUUUUGUAAAAUUGGAAAGCAAUAAAUAUUGGUGUUAUAUGUGUUCAUCUUGCUGAUUCCCAUAAAGUUCCAUAUACCUUAUACUGUAUUCUUGUUGUUGUUUUUCUUCAAGUUGUAUACAUGUUGUUUUAUCAAUCAAGUUGUUUUUUUCGCAUCUGUUUAACUCUUGUUGUUGUGAUUGUUGUUGUAUUUUAUUCGAGUAUUUUUCGUUGUAUUUCUAUAAAGUAAGACAUGUUUUCCGGAUACAAUUACAUAUACUUGUUUGUGGGAAACAUCUUUGCACUAUAUAAAAAAUAUCAUUUCCACCAUG